CUUGACCUUUGGUUUUAUUGCUACCAAAUCAACCAAUCAGGUAAAUUCGUAGUGAACAAUAACGCGUUUUAUGACGAGAGCAAAACACACCAACUCGGUGGCGAUAUUUAUAUUGGUGAGCGUAAAUAUUGAUAAUCAUGUUAAAUGGUGACUUGAGCGAAAUUAUAAUCUUUAAAGAAGAUUGUUGUAAUCCAAGAUAGCUUUAUGUGCUGAAUUUGGACUGCUGUACAUGUUCUAUGAGUCAUGAGUACAGACUUUAGAAAUGAAUCUUSAAGAUUCACCUUGGAUUCAAGUUAACUUCACUUUACCAAAUCAAACUACAAGAAGACGCUUAGUAAUAUGUGAUGGUCAAAGUAGAAGAGAAAGAAAUAUCAUUCAAGGGAAGCAAUCUUUUUUAUCAAAGAAGAGUAAAAAGGCAAGAACAAGAAGUUAUGGCGAUCGAGCCAAAAAUCCCAAAGACUUAAAAGGGAAUGAUGCUGGAACGAACACUAMCAAUAACAGUGUAUUAAYAAAACCGAUCAACACAACAAUACAGCAAAAUAAGGCAUUCACAGAAAGCCCAAAUGAAACAGACCAGGAGAAAAAGUUCACAUUGCCCCCACUGCAAGGAGCUCCGACAUCCAUGCUAAGUUGUCAUGGGCAACAAUACAAAUCGAACAGUGCUGAAAAUAUACGUGAAAAACGCUCASAAAAAUUAACUAAAAGCAUUGAGAAGUACAAAUCCCUUUCUAUAGCAACAUGUUACGACUUGUGCGAGUGGAAACCUUCAAGUUCUGUUUUCCAAAAUCCUUCACGUUCGCUUGUGAGCAUUCUGAAACAAAAUCCAAGUGUAAAGCAAGAUAAAAGACCUAAAGACACGAAAGGUCAGACUAUGGAUAAUUCGGAUACUUCUGGCUACGAGACAGACAACGAAAAAAGACUCAGUAAAACUACAAAAAGAGUACGUUUUGCUAAUGGUACAAUUUUUCAUAGUUCAAAAGGACGAAGAGCAACACGGUUAACCAAAAGUAAUCAGGAUGAAACUGAUUUCGACGAAUCUAAAGUUUUCCAAGAUUUACAAGGAUUGUCGUUCAGUGAGUUUAUUCAAAGGAAGCGUCACGAACGAUCGCUAGCUGGUAGAAAUGUUAAUAAAAAUAAAAAUCAACUAACAUUCCUAAAGGAAGAGAAAUYUCCAGUUAAAAGAAAUGAAGUGAAGAAGACUAGAAGUGAUCCACAUACAUUGUUACCAACAAUCAUCAAUUAGUCAUUAGUCAUUUGAUCAAGAAGGAAUUAAGACCUUCCACAAACUGUCAGGAGCUUUAUGAUAGUUUGUUCAAAAGCAAUAAAUAAUCCUAAAUACGUAUUAAACAUAACCAUCUAUA